AUUCACAACCAGCAGCACUAGGACGAGGAAACAAUAUUAAAGCGCAUCCAUGGAUGAAAAGAAGCCUUCUCGCAUGUACUUCAUUGGCAAAAAAGAAGAGCUCAUUCAGGCCAAGAGAACGACUGUAACGCUGGACGGAAGAGACAUCCUUUUAUUGUAUCAUCAGAGAACUUUUUACGCAAUGGACCUGCAGUGUUACCAUGCUGGCAGCACAUUAGAAACUGGAGAUAUUGAGGAAAUCAACAGCAAGCUCUGUAUCGUGUGCCCAAAGCACAAGUAUAAGAUCACUCUGGCUGAAGGCGAGGGUUUAUACAAGGCCACAAACCCAACUGAAAAAGUGCCUACCCCGCGGUGGUACUCCAAAGGCAUAAAGCAGAGAGUGCACAAAGUGACGGAGGUGGACGAGGACAUCUUUGUGUCUGUGUCCACCUGCCCGGUGUGGAUCGAGUCGGACUAUUAUCAGAGUGAGAAGGGCAGAGCGGAGCUGAAAAAAGCACAGGAGUCGGGCGACGCAGAGGCAGAUGUCAAUGCAGAUGAAGACGUUUAGAGAGAUCCUGAGGGAACCGCAUAUAUUAGGAUUGAGGAUUUCAGAGGCAGUCUGCAUGAAUAAAACUGCAAUCUGACAUCACCAAUCAAAAUAUUUCUUCCUUUUAGAGUCAGUGGCAGGAUUUCUGUGCAUCUCCGGGAUUCACUGCAACGGCUUGACUUUCAAGACCACAUUUCUCAGCUAAACACCGAUGGAUAAGCACAUUUUUGAGUUAUACGAUGACUUUCUUAAAAGAAGUUUUUAUUGUAUGUGUGAAUACAAUAUUUAAUGCAAAAAAAGCUCUAAGUUGCAAUAUUUUACGUUAAAUUUGGAAUUUGGAUGUCUUUUUGCAUUUAAGUUUCUAUCAAAUUGACUUAUAAAAAAAAAAA